ACAGAAAGUGUAAAAGUAAACUGGAUUGGCAUUUCUGUACCUAGGAAUGUUACAGUAAAACAGUUUUAUGAAGAUUUUGUUGCAGGAAAAAUUGUUUCUGAGGUUCAAUUAAAUAAUAAAGACCGUUUGCUACCAGUUAAAGUAGAGUUUUCACACAACACAACUGGGUCUUUUAAUGCUGUCAGUAUGGAAUGUAACAUGAUUGAAGCAAUUGAAGCUUGGG